GCAGGUUGUUAUCCCUGUUUUUCAAGCACCUGAAAAUGACGAACCUGACGCACUUUUGGUUCUUCCUGAGCCUCAGAAACCAUCAAAAUUCUCCUACUUUUUCAAACUCGCCCAUCAGAUUCAUCCCCCCACAUUCAUUCCACGUCAACCCAGUUCAAAUCCAAUUCGAUUCACCAACCCCCCAAAAACCCUAAUUCCCAAUUCGUGAGCCAUCGCAAAUUAGGAAAGUUCGAAAUGGCUUUGACCCACACGCAUUUAUACUCUCUGCCUCCGUCACUGUCUUUGCUUCUGGGCUUCAAUGGCUGCCAAAGCUUCGUGCUUUUCCUGCAAGGCCGAGAGUGAUCAGUUCGUUAAUGGCUGGGAGCUCAAGGAUGGGUCUAUGGCCCAGCUCUGCAAGAAAUGCGGUUUUGCUUAUGUGAAUGGUAUAUUUUGUGAAACUUUUCACAUGGAAGCGGAAGGCUGGAGAGACUGUGCUGUUUGUGGGAAGCCACUCCAUUGUGGGUGCAUUAUGUCACGCCACAAGUAUGCACCACUGGAUUUCGGAGGUGUAGGUUGCACAAAAUGCUUACUAGAAGUUGAUCAAUCUAUUGCUUCAGGUCGAAUGACCAGAAUGCUGCAAGAAAUAGUUGCCAAGUACAAGACGGACCCAACAGUUUCAUCUGAUCCUACUAAGAAAGUUGUCGAGUCCCUUUUUCCUGAAUCUUUACAAGCUCCAGCACCUCAGAUUGGAGAAGAAUCCAAUACGGAUGCAUCUAAAGGAGAUACAGCUUGUGAAUUCAAAGUAGGCAGUGAAACACCUCAAGUGGAUGCCUCCACAGGAAACCAUUUACACCCUGACAAUCUGCCGAAGAUGACAAGGGCUGAGCAACUCCAAAAAGUCUCCGGAAACUUAAACUCUGAUCUUAUACCUCUGUUUGAGAAGUCAUCAACCGUAAGUGAUACUAAUCACAGUACAGGAUUUCUUGUGAUACCGAAGAAAUAUGCAGAGGAACAAUCUCCAAGGGACAUUGAAACAGGUCCAACACCUGUAGAUACAAGUCUGAAAGCAGACCAGGAACAAUCUCCAAUGGAUGUGGUAACAAAUCCAAUGCCUAUAGAAACAAAUCAGAAAACAAACCAGGAACAAUCUCCAAGGGACAUUGAAACAGGUCCAACGCGUGUAGAUACAACUCUGAAACCAGACCAGGAACAAUAUCCGAUGGUUAUGGAAACAAGUCCAAUGCCUAUAGAAACAAAUCAGAAAACGAACCAGGAACAAUCUCUAAGGGACUUUGAAACAGGUCCAACGCCUGUAGAUACAAGUCUGAAAACAGACCAGGAACAACCUCCAAAGGAUAUGGAGACAAGUCCAAUGCCUGUAGAAACAAGUCAUAAAUCAGACCAGGGACAAUCUCCAAAGGAUAUGGAAACAGGUCCAACGCCUGUAGAAACAAGUCUGAAAACAGACCAGGUUCAACACCUGAAGAAAUAAAUCUGAAAACAGACCAGCAAAUCAUCUGAAAUUAUUUUUCUGUGCUGAGUUUCGGCGAUUCCGGCCACCUACAGGACGAAUUGCUUGUAGCCAGUGAUAUGGACUUAUUGGGUGCAAUCAGGAGUGCCCAAGAGGGGUGGCUACAGGACGAAUUGCUUGUAUUUCGAUAUAAGCCGUACGAUAUUCCAUCCCUAAGCUCCAAAGUCCCAUUGGAUAACGAAGCGUUCAGAUUUCGGCCCGGCAGGCUUGCAAUGCGAUAUAAAGCAAGAGCAAGCUUAAGCUUGGACGUUCCAUGGGUCCACCCAUGGGUCGAACUAUGGGGCGACCCAUGGCUCAUCUGGGACGACCCAUGGGAAGGAGUGUUCAAAUUGCUGAAUCGCAGAAGGGAAUUUCGGGGAAGGGCACGGGGACGACAAAGAGCAUUUUCACUUUCCGAGCUUCAUCAAGAUCUUCUAUGUGAACUCCUUCUGAGUGUUGAGAUGUCUACGAAUAGGCGUGGGUAUCGCACAAGUCCACGUAUCCAGUUCAACCGGGGACGAUUGAAAAUGUUAGAAAAGAUGUAUGGAACCUGUUCGGACACUCGUAUAUAUGUUGUCACUCAAAGUUUGGCACGGUCGGAGAGGGAAUUGGAUGACCUCUCGGAGCUUCUCGAAGGCGCGAAGAAGAAUAAUGUAGUAGAAAAAACAGUGCUGCCAAUAUUCUACGGUGUUGAUCCCUCCGAUGUACGACAUCAAACAGGAAGUUUUGCACAAGCCUUUGCAGACCAUGAGAUAAAGUACAAGGAUGACCCACAAAAAGUAAAAAGAUGGAGAGCUGCUUUAACGAAACUGGCAAAUCUCGCCGGCUGGGAUUCAAAGGGCUGGUAUGAAUUAUUAUGUUGAUUUUCUUUCAUUUUCCUUAUUUGUCAUCUAUUAUUUAGUUACUCUAUAUAAAGAAAGGAAUUGCAUUCUAUUAUGCAAUUGAAAUAUUUAUUA